UAAUUAGAUGAAAGUUCGAAUAACUUUUGGUGUUAGAAAACUGUUCUAUUGCCAAGGCGACAGCCGAUAAGACGUGCUUUAUCUAGUACUUAGGUACAUAAAACCAAAAUUUUCACAUUAAAGUAAACAGUGCUAGAAUGUGUGGAAAGCACGUGAACAAGCAUCACUGCUUCUUUAUUUCACUAGCACAUCCUAGAGCCACUUCAAACGGCUUGAAAACCGUCCUUUAUUAAACAAUCCUUCUGACUCCAAAGGCUCUUUACACAUCCAUAAUCAAGUGAAAAUCCUGGGACAAAAUGUUCUGACGUAAAAUCGCUAAUCGCUGAAUAUAUUUGCGCUUCACCAAAGCAAAUUGCUCGAAUUGUACUAUGUGUUUGCUUAGCUCUUAGGUUCGGCUACUCGAGAGAUGGAACUUUUCAAUAUUGGUUUAUCCGAGUAUGAGAUUCAAGGAGCAUUCAGCUCCUAUACCUAAGUAUUCUUCACCUAUUAAGUCCGUCAAAGCAUUUUCAACUGUAAAGCGAGUGGCUACUCAAUGCCAGACCCAUCGGAAAAUCACUAGAAAUAUUCGCAAUUUUCCACUUUCCAUUGACCGAAGAAACGUGUUGUCCUUAUCAGCUGCCCACAUACUUUCAGCAUGUUAUCGCAUACCGUUUGAGUGGCUGUUCUAUCACUACAGCACUUAGUGUGGAUUAGUUCUUGGAAAAUAAAAAAAGAGGCGCAAUGGUUUCGGUUCCAGUUGGUGCCAGACAAUUAGUGCGAGCGGUAGCAUGAGUUCAGUUGGAAAUCGGGAACUUCAGUUGCGUUACCUCUACAUUGAUAACAAUAGUUGAGAGCCGGCCUAAGGAACGAACCGAUUUCUGAAGACAUGGAGAACCUGAAAGAUGCGGAAGCGCGAAAGAACCGAACCACCACGAAUCCUUAUGCAAAAGCUGGGAUUUUCAGCAAGAUGACCUUUGCAUACCUGCUCCCAUUGUUCUACAAGGGAUACAGACGUGGCCUGACCGAAGACGAUAUCUAUCCCCAUUUGUCCAGCCACGACUCGAAGAUACUGGGCGAAAGACUGGAAAAGCAAUGGAACAAGGAGCUGAAGAACAGCAAAGACCCAUCCUUAUGGCGGGCGUUUGCCAAAGUGUUCGGCAGGGAGAUGAUGACCUACGGCUUAGGAAUUUUGAUGUUCGAAAUGCUCAGACUGACGCUGCCACUGUCCUUGGCCAAACUUCUCGAAUACUUCAACCCCAACUCCACCACGACCUUCAACGAGGCUUGCAUUUAUGCAGGCAUCAUCGGGGGCACCACCGUAGUCCAGAUCACCAUCAUCCAUCAUUCAAUGUUUCACGUUUUCCAUCUGGGCAUGCGACUUCGGGUAGCAGCAGUAGCCUUAGUCUACAGAAAGGCCAUCAGAUUGAGCAAGUCGGCUCUGGCCGAGACCACUAUUGGCCAGAUGGUCAAUUUAAUAUCCAAUGAUGUGUCUCGGUUUGAAAUGUGCACUGUUAAUGUCCACAAUAUCUGGAUCGGGCCCAUUCAGCUGGUGGUGCUUCUGUUUCUGCUGCUGUCCUACGCUGGAUGGACUGGCUUGAUUGGAGUGGGGGUGCUGCUGUGUAUCAUUCCGUUUCAAAUCUGGAUGGGGAAGAAGACCUCGUUGUACCGGCUGCGCACCGCCAUCAAAACUGAUGAGAGAAUCCGGCUAAUGAACGAGAUCAUCAGUGGAAUGCAGGUGAUCAAAAUGUACACCUGGGAGAAGCCUUUUACCAAAAUCGUGGAAAUCGUGCGAAGACUGGAAAUGAACGAAAUUCGCAAAAACUCCUUCCUCAAAGCCAUCCAUCUCUCCUUCAACGUCUUCCUCACUCGGACAUUGAUCUACAGCUGCGUGGUUGUCCAUGUUCUACUAGGCAACAACGUGAAUCCCCAAUACAUCUUUGGCCUGUCCUUGUUCUACGAACUGCUCAGGCAAUGUCUAAGCCAGGCCUUUGCUCAGGGCGUAGCUCAGGUGGCGGAAGCCAUCAUUUCCACCAGAAGAAUCAAGGAGUUUCUGCUCUACGAUGAGCUGGAGCCUGAGUUCACCCUCAUAUCUUCAAGCGGCGACAAAAAUCAGAAAAGCGGCCUUAGUGGCUCGAUUUUGGUGCAGGGCUCGGUGUCGGACAGCUCACAACCCAUUGGCGUGUCUUUGGAGAAUGUCAGCACCAAAUGGAUCAAAUCCCACGAAGAACUUGCGCUAAAGGGCAUCGACUUUGAAGUGAAUCCUGGAGAAUUGGCCACCAUUAUCGGCAAAGUUGGCAGUGGCAAAACCACCCUGCUUCACGUCAUCCUCAAAGAACUUGAGGUGACAGCAGGCAAGAGAAGAAUAAACGGAGUGAUUUCGUUUGCCUCUCAGGAGCCUUGGCUGUUCGUCGGCACUGUAAGGCAAAACAUCCUCUUCGGCCAGGACUUUGACGUGGUAAAAUACCACGAAGUGGUAAGAGUUUGUGCUUUACAGCGCGACCUCAAGCUCUUCCCUCAUGGCGACCGCACCCUCAUUGGCGAACGGGGAGUGUCAUUGAGUGGCGGGCAACGAGCCAGAAUCAACCUUGCCAGAGCCGUAUAUAAAAGCGCGGACAUUUACCUACUGGACGACCCAUUGUCAGCUGUAGACGCCCAUGUGGGCAAGCAAAUCUUCAAAGAAUGCAUCGACGGCUACUUAAAGGACAAAUGCGUGGUGCUGGUCACGCACCAGCUCCAAUACUUAAAAGACUGCAAGAAGAUCUACUUGCUAAACGACGGCUCUGUGCAGCACUCGGGCACCUACGAAGAUAUCAAGCAAGGCGGCAAGGACUUUAAAGUCCUGCUGGAGGAGCUGAAGAAAAUGGAGGAAGAGGCGAAGAAAGAGGAGGAAGUGAGGAAUCGCAAGCGCACCAUGUCAGCCAAGUCAGUUGCUGAAGACAGUACUGCUCUGGAGGAACCAACUUUUGGAAAAGAGGACAAAAUCGACGGCAAAGUAACAUGGGGCAUGUACAAAUCCUAUCUGCUAGCCGGCGGCAGCGCAUGCAAGCUGUUCUUUAUGGGUUGCGUCUUCAUUUUCUCCCAAGCCCUUGCCAGCAUGGUCGAUUACUUCCUCAGCGUUUGGGUCAAUAUGGAAGAAAUGAAGCAAGCGCGCAACAUCACAGGCGAAGUCAAUGACACCUUGAUCGACAGUCUGGAUGAUUCCCAGUACACAGUCUUCCAGAAGUUCUGGUUCGGUUUUCUAACUGACGAUGUUUGCCUGCUGAUCUACACUGGACUUAUGGCCGUGGUGAUUCCGCUGAUCGUUGGCAGAGCCAUUUAUUUCUUCAACUGGUUUGUCAGCGCUUCCAUCAACCUGCACAACAACAUGUUUUCGAAAAUCGUCCAUGCCCCGAUGCGCUUCUUCAACCUGAACCCAUCCGGGCGCAUUCUGAAUCGCUUCUCCAAAGACAUAAACAUGGUGGAUGAGUAUUUGCCGGUGACCCUUUCCGAUACUGUUCAGAUCGGCUUGAUGAUUGGCGCCAAUAUAAUCGUGGUGUCCACAGUGAUUCCUUUUAUUCUGCUGCCUACUGGGGUGAUUUUGGUCAUUUUCUACCUCAUACGAACAGUUUUCAUCGCAACCAGUCGCGACAUUAAGCGAUUUGAGGCAUUGACUCGAAGCCCCAUCUACUCGCACCUGACAGCCUCCUUGCAAGGUCUGACCACCAUCAGAGCCUUUGGGGCUCAAAAUAUGGUCAAACAGGAGUUCGAUAACUAUCAAGACGCCUACAGUUCUUCCUACUUUAUGUUCUUGGCUGCCAACCGAUCCUUUGGCUAUUGGCUGGACUUGCACACCUCGAUCUUUGUCACUUUGGUGACUUUCAGCUUUGUGCUACUGAAGACUGAUUCAUAUGGAGGUAGCGUGGGUUUGGCCGUCACGCAGGCGAUCAACUUGGCUGGAUGGUUCUCCUUCGGGAUUCGACAAUGGAGUGAAAUGGAGAACACGAUGAUUUCGGUGGAGAGAAUCAAGGAGUAUGCGGAUGUGGUGCCUGAAGCUGAUGCCCAGGCUCGGGAGCCUCCAGCCAGCUGGCCGCAGAGCGGAGAGGUUAAGUUUGUAAACGUGGGGCUUCGCUAUGGGGACGGUGAGCCCUACGUGCUCAAGCAGCUGAACUUCUCCAUUAAAACCAACGAGAAAAUUGGCAUAGUGGGGAGGACGGGGGCUGGAAAGUCCUCCAUUAUUUCAGCCCUGUUCCGACUGGCAGAUAUCGAUGGGCAAAUCCUGAUUGACAACAUCGAUAGCAAAACCAUACCGCUGAACAAACUGAGGUCCAGCUUAUCGAUAAUUCCGCAGGAGCCAGUGCUCUUUUCUGGAACGCUUCGCAAAAAUCUGGAUCCUUUUGACGAAUACAACGAUCAAACCAUUUGGAACGCUCUGGAAGAAGUCGAGCUCAAAUCAGCAGUGUCCGACCUGCCGCACGGCCUGGAAAGCCACAUGUCGGAAGGUGGCUCCAAUUUCAGCGUAGGCCAAAGACAGUUGGUGUGCCUGGCCAGAGCGAUAGUUCGCAGAAACAAAAUCCUCGUUCUGGAUGAAGCCACAGCCAGCGUGGAUCCGCACACUGAUGGCCUGAUCCAGACCACGAUUCGAAAGAAAUUUUCAGGCUGCACUGUGCUGACGAUAGCGCACAGAUUGCACACGAUCAUGGAUUCGGACAAGGUGCUGGUGAUGGAUGCGGGCCGCGCGAUGGAAUUCGAUCAUCCCCACAAGUUGUUGGAGGACGCAAGGGGCGUGUUCUAUUCGCUGGUGCAACAGACUGGAAAGGCCAUGGCUUCAAAUCUGGCGGAUAUUGCGGCCAAAAACUACCAAGAUUCUAGAGCAGCUGAGGAUUGAGGCUGCUGUGAUCACUCGAAUACGCGCUCCAGUGGAGGUGCCGUCCAGAACAAACCAGGAGACUUAUAUUAAUUAUGAUGUUUAAUGUAAUGUUAAUUAUAGUAAUUAUGAUAUUGAUUGAUAAAUGCGUCUAGCAAAGUGA